UAACAUGUCUAAAACAUCAUCCACAUCCUAUCAUGACAUAGAAUUUAGAACAGCUGAUAAAGUGACAUUUGCGGCUUGAGGCAAGCGCCCGCAGUCGGUAUCGCCUUCAGACGAAUAUUACGAAUAUUCUGCAGUGUGAACUCUUUCGAUUUUCAUUUUACCUCUUUCUACAAACAUUAAGAAACAUUUUGAUUUAAUCACUGUGAAAAAAAAAGCCGUAGACAGUACACAUUCUUAUUCAAGUGACAGAAGAAAAUAAUAGCAGCUCAAUCAAAAUUCAUAACAACAAUGUGCUAAAAUUACUUUUCACACAAAAAACAACUUUUUAACUAGCAAUUUUGGUUAUACAUCAAAAUUCUACAAUGUUACGACAACUCAGUAUAAAUUUCCCAAAUAAUAAUGUAAAACUCAGGCAUAUGAGAUGGCUUUCAAGUACAACAAAUAUAGAAUUAAAACCGGAUUUGUCUGCAAAUGCUUACCAGCCAAAAUUGGUAGAGAAAAAGAAAGUAUAUGAGAACUGGCUGAAAUACGAUUUAUUUACCCCUGAAUAUCCUUCCUCGAAACCAAGUUUUAGCAUGGUUCUUCCACCUCCAAAUGUCACUGGGAAGUUACAUUUAGGUCAUGCACUCUCCUGCACAAUACAAGAUGUUAUAAUGAGACACAAGCGGUCUACAGGUCACAACUGUUUGUGGCUUCCAGGGACUGAUCACGCUGGGAUAGCUACACAGGGAGUCGUCGAAAAACAUCUGAAGACAAAGCAAGACUUAACACGGCAUGCUCUAGGCCGAGACAAGUUCGUUCAAGAAGUGUGGAAAUGGAAGGAAAUGCAUGGUGAUACCAUAAGCAAGCAAUUGGAAACCCUUGGGUGUUCGCUCGACUGGUCUCGACAAGUAUUCACCUUAGACCAAAAGCACACACUGGCCGUCAACACAGCUUUCAUACAUUUAUUCAGAAAAGGUUUGAUAUACAGAAAAAAGAGUUUGGUUAACUGGUGCAAUGCCUUAAAGUCAACAGUUUCGGAUAUUGAGGUUGAGAAUGUCACGUUGAAGGGCGCGAAAGAUAUCAUGAUCCCGGGCUAUGAUAAGCCGGUGCGGUUUGGUAUGAUGUAUUACUUUGCGUACAAGUUGUAUGAUUCUGAUGAUGAGAUCGUGGUGGCUACCACUAUGCCGGAGACGAUGCUUGGGGAUACCGCGAUCGCUGUGAACCCUGAAGAUGAAAGGUACAAACAUCUCAAGAACUGCAGAGUAAUACAUCCCUUCAGGAACACCACGAUACCGAUUAUAUUCGACGAUUUUGUCGACAUGGAAGUCGGUACGGGCGCCGUCAAAAUAACUCCAGCUCACAGCAGAAUAGACUACGAGAUAGCAAUACAACACAACCUACCUAUGAUACAAGUUUUCGAUGAAGAAGGUCUCAUUAUGAACUCAGGAAGAUUCAACAGGAACAAACGUUAUGAUUGCAGGGAUAUAUUAGUCAAUGUUUUAAAGGAAAUGGACCUCCUUCGUAAUAUAAAACCUCAUCAAGUCAAUCUACCUAUCUGCAGUCGAACUGGUGAUGUUGUAGACCAGCUACCUAAAGAACAGUGGUUCAUGUCCUGCAGUGAACUGAAUGCAAGAGCAUCUGAGCUCGUGGAAAGAGGAAAAUUAAAAAUUCUGCCUGAGAAACAUGUCGCGUCUUGGCUCAGAUGGACAGCGGACGGCAGAGACUGGUGUAUUUCAAGACAGUUGUGGUGGGGACAUCGGAUCCCCGCGUACAAGUGCACGCUAGACCGAGAUGUCGUGUGGAUCGCGGCGAGUAACGAGAGCAAUGCCAAGAAAUAUGCGUCAAAGAUCUUGAGAGCGAUGCCAGACUCCAUCAAAGCUGAGAGAGACACCGACGUUCUUGACACUUGGUUCUCGUCGGGAAUAUAUCCAUUUGCAUCGCUCGGCUGGCCCAGAACGUCUCGUUCGCAAGACUACAGCCAAUUCUACCCUAUUAACCUAAUGACAACGGGACACGAUAUACUUGGAUUCUGGGUUCACAAAAUGGUGAUCCUAGGUCUGGAAGUCACCGGGCAGCUGCCGUUCAACAAGGUGUUAUUGCAUGGAAUCAUUUGCGAUAGUAAGGGUGCGAAAAUGUCUAAAAGCAGAGGCAAUAUCAUAGACCCGAUGGACGUCAUCGAAGGCAUCACAUUAGAUAAGCUCAAGGACAGGUGUAAGGAGAUGCACAGGAACGGAAUUCUGACCACUGAAGAGUUGGAUAAAGCUUUAGUGUAUCACCACGCUAACUUCGCGAGCACAAAAGGUAUUCCUGAAUGUGGAGUCGACGCCCUGAGGUUCACGUUACUGUCUCAAGACAUAAAGUCGCAUUUCGUCAACUUUGAUGUGGCUUUAUGUCACGCGAACAAACUGUUCUGCAACAAAAUCUGGCAAAGCGUUAAAUAUACGCGCCUUUCGUAUCGCAAACUCGAGAAAUUAGGAAAAGACGUCACGACGAAAGACCUCACUUACUUUGAUAAAUGGAUUCUCAGUAGGCUGGCCGAAAUGGUGGAGCAGGUGAACCAGGCUAUGGACAACUACGAUUUCCAUUUAGCAACGAAAGCGUUAAGGAACUUUAUUUAUAACGAAUUUUGUGACGUCUACUUGGAAGCCACGAAACCUGGUUUUGAAAGCCUCAAUGUUAAGAUGGGCUAUGUCCACGCUCACACGCUGACGGCUUGCUUGGACACCUCUCUGCGAUGCCUCGCUCCGUUCAUGGUUUACUUGGCGGAGGAACUGAUUCCGAGAGUACCCUCGUUUUCAUUCAACAUCAUACACAACUACAAUGACUCCUCGAACAAGUACUGGGACUUCCCGCAAAUCAGAGACUUCAAAAAAUGGAAGGAUGCCCCUUACGAGAAGAAAGUUUCCAGAUUGUUGAACACUGUCAAACUGAUCAGAGAAAUGAAAGGCCUUUACAAUAUUUCGAACAAGGAAAAACCGUGUGUUUACAUUAGAACUGAGGAUAACACACUAGCAUCUGAUAUUAUUCAUAACAAAACUGUUUUUGUAAAUUUGACGAGAUGUGGCGACAUUAAGUUUGAGAAGGACCCUACAACGAAUUUCGUGACCGCCAUAUUGGACGGCGAUACCGAAGUGAAUGUGGAACUAGCUGGUGAGGAUGUAGAAAUAGCUGUGUUUGCGGCCAAAAAUAAACUAGAGAAGAAAAUUAAAAUGUUAGAAGAAAGUUUGUCAAAGUUAGAAGCUAAGUUUUCAAGUGGCCAUUAUUUGACGCACGCACCGGAGUGGACACAGAUUGUAGACAGAGAGAGAAUGAUCUCCAAGAGAAGGGAACUUGAAGAAUUGCAAAGACUGAUGUAAUAUUAAGUGAAAUUAUUAUAGAUGUUAGGUAGUUAAAAUUACAGAAAAAAAAUGUCCACUUGGGAUGUUAGUCUGACAUCUUAGUGCAAUAAAAUUUCAGUUAUUAAAGUUACGUUUCUUUAAAAUA